ACCAACCGCCUCCUCAUCCGGUACACGCGGUCUAGUCACUGGUGAGGUAGAUGCCGAGGAAGAGCUGCGGGCGACAUUCAGGUGCAUCGGAAUUUAAUUUCAGUACGGAGUGCUCACGAGAUCCUGUGAAUCCUUAUACGGUUUUUAUGGUGGAACUGUAGCUGCGAUUUCGAAGAAGAAUCAUGGCGCGAUACGGGCAGCGUCCUGAGAACGCCUUGAAACGGGCGUAUGAAUUUAUUGAAGUGGGCAAACCAGCCCGAGCUUUAGAUACAUUACAAGAAGUCUUCCGUAACAAAAAAUGGACGUACAGUUGGUCGGAAUCUGUGUUGGAGCCCAUAAUGUACAAGUACUUGGACCUGUGUGUGGAACUAAAAAAGUCACACAUAGCCAAGGAGGGUCUGUUCCAGUACAGAAACAUGUUCCAGUCUGUCAAUGUGGGCAGUUUGGAAAAUGUGAUACGCAGCUACCUGAGAAUGGCUGAGGAGAAAACGAAUGCAGCUCGCAAGCAGAGCCAGCAAGCAGUGAUCGAUAUUGACGAUCUCGACAAUCUCGCCACGCCAGAGAGCAUCCUACUGUCCGCUGUGAGUGGUGAGGACGCCCAGGACAGAAGUGACCGCACUAUAUUGACACCUUGGGUGAAAUUCUUAUGGGAAUCAUACUGCCAAUGUUUGGAGUUGCUCAGAACCAACGCGCACGUAGAGACCCUCUAUCAUGAUAUCGCGCGUAUGGCCUUCCAGUUUUGUCUUGAGUACAAUCGUAAGACUGAAUUUCGUAAACUGUGCGAGAAAUUGCGAAAGCAUCUCGAGGAAAUCUGCAAACUACCGCAGCUGGUGUCGAACGUUUCCAUGAACAAGGCUGAGACGCAGCAGCUGAAUCUCGAAACCAGAUUGAAUCAGUUGGACUCAGCGAUACAGAUGGAACUCUGGCAGGAAGCCUUCAAAUCGUCCGAGGACGUACAUGGUAUGAUGAACUUAUCGAAGAAGUUGCCGGUGCCGAAGACUAUGGCCAACUACUAUCAGAAAUUGGCGAUGGUCUUCUGGAAAGCCGGUAAUUUUCUGUUUCACGCGGCCGCAUUGUUCAAACUGCUCCAGCUGUCCCGCGAGAUGAAGAAGAACAUGUCAUCGGAGGAGCAACAGCGAAUGGCUAAUCGCGUGCUAUUGGCGACUUUGUCAAUACCAUUGCCGUCGGCACAUCCGGAAUUUGACCGCUUCAUAGAAACCGACAAAACCCCGUUGGAAAAGGCACAAAAGCUUGCGACGCUUUUGGGUCUUUCACAGCCGCCUACUCGCGUUUCUCUUCUUAAGGACAUUGUACGUCUGAACGUGGUAAUGCUCGCGUCGCCCCAGCUGCAGGAGUUGUACUCGUGGCUGGAGGUGGAGUUCCAUCCAUUGGAGCUGUGUAGCAGAGUUGAUUCUGUUAUACAGACGUUGCAAGCAGAUGAGAACAGCCCGUUGACCCAAUAUAUCUCGGCGUUGCAGGACGUGACAUUGGUGCGUCUCGUACACCAAAUUUCUCAGGUUUACCAGACCAUACAGUUCUCACGACUACUGGAACUCGCAAAAUUCACUACCGACUUUCACCUAGAGCGGCUGCUAGUGGAUUGCGUGCGCUACAACGACAUGCAAAUCAGGAUAGAUCACGGCAAAACAUGCGUACACUUCGGCGUGGACCUGUCGGAGGCGCAACGAGAAGAUCACCCGGACGGUCCGGUACUGCAGGCGAUGCCGUCUGAGCAGAUACGUUGCCAGCUCGUCAACAUGGCGACCGUGCUGCAUCGUGCCAUUAAUGUGAUCAAUCCCAAUAAGAAGAAGCUCGAACGGGAAAAGUUGCGUAACGCGAUGGUCGGCCAUUACCAUGAGACUAAGAUGAAAGAACAUCAGAGAAUAUUGGGCAGACACAAGAUCAUUGAGGAAAGGAAAGAAUACAUCGAGCACAUCAACACCGUGCGCGAGGAAGAGGAGAUGCGCAGACAAGAGGAACUCCAGCGGCAGCAGAUGUUGGCUGAGCAGAAGAGAAUGGAGCAAGAACGCGAAGAGCGCGAGCGGAAACGCCAGCAGAGUGAGAUCCAGCAGAUCAAGGAUCGACAUCUUAAAGAAAAAAUGCAGCAGAUCUCUCAGACGAGUCACGGCCAGAAGGUUUUGAAGAAACUGGACGAAGAUGAGAUCAAGAAGCUGGACGCGGAACAGAUAGCGGCCCGGGAAGCCGAAGAGCUGCAGAAGGAGCGCCGGGAGAUGCAGCAGAAACUCAAAUCGCAAGAAAAGAAGGUUGACUACUUGGAGCGCGCUAAACGUCUAGAGGAAAUCCCGUUGCUAGAGAAGGCGGUGGAGGAAAAGAUGGAGCUGGCGAAGCAGUGCUGGAAACAGCAGGAGGACGAGCGAAUCGCCGCGGCCAUUGAAGAGAGACAACAGGCGGUUGCUACGCAGGAACGUAUGGCGCGUAUGAAGACCGACCACGACAUCUUCCUUGCCAAGAUCUUGGCGGAACGUAAAAAUAUAUAUCUGGAGAAGCAGAAAGAGUAUGACAAGCUGCUGAACGAAGAGCGUGCCAAGAGACUGUUGCAGCGCAAGAAUCAGCGUAAAGCGGAGCGCAAAGCGAAAUGGGAGAAGGAACGCGCCGAGGCCGCGGAACGAAGGCGCUUGGAGGAGUUGCGUAUCAAGCAGGAGGAAGAGAAGAAGCGUUUGGAGGAGGAGAGAGCCAAGAGGGAAGAAGAGGAGAGAAUCAGACGGGCCGAAGAGGAGGCCAGGGAAGCGGAACGUUUAGCCAAGCUUAAGAAACAAUCUGAAAUCAUGCGAUCUAGGGAGGCCGAGAUCGAGCGUAAACUGGAGGAAGAAAAGCAGCGAAGCAAAGAACUGGCGACAACAUGGCGGCGUAUGGACAGAGAGAACGAUCGUGAUCGUGAUCGUGAUCGUGAUCGUGAUCGUGAUCGUGAUCGUGAACGUGAACGUGAGCGCGAACGUGAACGCGAUGGCCCGAAACCUUCGUUGGAAUCAUGGCGACGUAAUCCUGAUCCUAAAGACUCCAAUGGACUCAAGAGUGAAGCGGAUCGCUGGAGGAAGCGUGACGACAAAAUCGAAGACUCAUGGAAACGAAGGGAACCAGAACGACGCGACGUGGACAAGUGGAGAAGAAACGACGAGUCGGAUAGGUGGAAGGAUAGCAUGGAGAAAUGGAGGGACAACUUCGAUAAAGACGAUCGCGAACGUGAUCGUGAUCGCGACCGUGACCGUGAUCGUGAACGUGAGCGCGAUCGUGAACGCGAUCGUGAGCGCGAUCGUGAUCGUGAGCGCGAUCGUGAUCGUGAGCGCGAUCGUGAUCGUGAACGUGAGCGCGAUCGUGGAAUGGAUGGACGCUCGAUACGUGAAAUUCCUCGGGAUCCUAUGGCAACCGAUCGAGACCGCGGCAGAAUGUCUGACCGUCGCGGUGGUUAUCGACGUGACGAACCGACACGAAGCACCAAUCAGGACUGGCGCAAACGUGACCCGCCUCCAGAUUCUCCUAGAGAUCCACUUAAGCGGGAACGGGACGAACGUAAGGACGACAGACUUCCGCCUAGGCCCGACGAGAGAAGACGACCGCUGGAGGAUGAUGGUUGGUCGAAAGUCAGUCGGCGCUAACAAUGGACUCACAGCUUCGUUUAAAAUAAAAAAAAAUCUUUGCUUAAAUAUAAAGAAGCGUGGGAUAAUAUACGAAAGUCCGACGAGGA